CGGUGGCGUGGCGUGGGCGUCCCUUCUGUCGGCCCUGGCACACCUUGCAGCCACCGAGAGGGCCUAUCACUCCAUGACCUUUCUGGGUCAGAAGCCAGAGGGAGAUGUCCCUUUUUUGCUUCUUCGCUGGUUUGAAGGUUAGUAAUCAAUUCCGAAAACAAACGAAUAUCGGUAUCUGUAAAAUACCGAUACUGUGAUUCAAACUGACCUACUGCUUAUGCUGGUUUCAACUUUCGGUGUUCGUUGCCGGAGUUUGAAUUAAACUCCACCCUGGCCGAGCGGAAUGAGCCAGCCACAACUUUCUUCUUUCCUUCUAGAGUUGCUGCUGAAAUAUUGAGCGUAUUUGGAUGAAUAUCUCAUUCUCUGUUUAUUAUUCACUUGAGCUUCGUAAGAGUCAGGCUGGCUCUUUUUGCGAUGGUUUAAUUCAUCCUGGGGUGCACUCAACGGGCAGAGCGCUCUGUCGUGGGCGCUACAAGGUGGAAUUUAGCUUCUAUUGAACGGUGCGUUAGGGAUGCUGAGAGCAUUGCUACGACGAGUGAUGUCAUGCACAUGCUAUGGCCACAAUGAGUGGCGCGCACAUUGUCUUCUGCAUAUUCUCCAGUGCAGGAAGGUACGGUGCCUCCGAAUGGCUGAAUUUUGACCCUCCUGCCUAACGAUCAGAAGGGCAGGGAAUCGGACAUUUAGCUCCUGUUGCAAUGUGCUCUGGGCUAACAGAUCGUUCAAUAGAAAAGCGCUUUGGAGCGAUUUGCCCAUUGAUCGCACCCCUUUUUUUACUAAUGAGUUGCUAUUAAUAGCUUGCAAUGGGUUGGACAUAAGCAAAUUAAAUUUCUUCUCUCCAGCAAUGUAAACAACAAUGCUUAAAUGUUUUAUACAAAAACACCAUGGUAUUAAUGAUCAUAUUUUUAAUAUGGCUCAUUUACAAGCAUUUCAUACUAUAUAUUCUAAUUAAAAAUGAUAUCACAGAGCAUUAUGUUACAUCACCAUCAGUUCAAUAUAGCAAAAUAACACUUGGCAUCACAAAUGCAACAUUGGGACUGCAGGUGGAGCCAGCUUUAUUAUAUUAUUGAUCGGAGCAAUAGCAAACUUAAGUAUAGUUUCGAAUUUUUGCUUAUUACAUGAAAGAGAUUGGUUUAGGCAGUUUGGUCAGAUAAUCUCAGUGAUAAUAGGAUAACACACUUUAAAAUAACUAGGUUUUGAAAGCACAACUAAAAUCAAGGCGGAGGCUUUUGUGGUAAUGCGACAAUUCCUACUUAAAUUGCAGAAACGACUAUUUAAAAUUAUUUGAUACUCUUGCAAAAUUCAAGACAUCUUAGAUAAUGCUAAUAUAGCCCCUUUCCUCUUUUCAGCUUCAGUCGCAAUGCUCUUCAGGGCUAUCAAUUUGGGUGGCUUUUCUAGCGGCGGACAAUCUUUCUUCUCGCGCAAGGACACACUGCGCAGCAUGUACGGCUCCUUGUGUUCCGAGCUGCGUCGCGUCACGGGCUCGGGCGCGCAGGCGGCUGCCGGCAGCGGCGGCGGCAACGCGGCCGUGCACUCGGAGGAUAUCCUGGGUCACCUGGCCGAGCAGCUGGGCCACCUGGUGCAAUCGAGGCAGGAGAUGGCCGACCUCUAUGAGAAGCUGCACGGUCUGAGCCUGGGACGCCACGCUACGCCCGGCGAGCUGCUAGCCUCGCUUGGAGCCGUCACGCAGAAAUUCUCCUCCAGGGUUCACCACCCGGUGCUCAGCGCCUUGAGCAGCAGCUUCCAGCACGAGACGGAGGCGCUGGGUCACCUGCUGCGUGCCCAGCGCGACGUCUCCUCGUGGCUCUUCCUGCCGGCGCUGCUGGAGCUGCACGCGGCUCACGCCAAGCUAGCGGCGUGGGCGUCCCGCGGUUCGGAGCGAGCGCGCGAUGGCGCCGCGGCGCCGCCGCAGCGCAAGCCGCUGUUCGGCGGCGCUGCCCAGCGCGUUGCUCCCACGCCACACCUGCACCAGUGGAUGGUGAAGUACAAGACGUUCCUGCUGGCCAAGUUCAGCUUCUACUUCCACGAAGCGCUGAGUCGGCAAGCGGGCGGCGAGAUGAAGUCGCUCACGGCGAAAACAAGCCCCGACUUCUUUGGCAAAGUGUCGAGCUUCAUCAAGAAGACGGAUGCUGCCAACGUGUCUCUCAUCUUUGACACGCGCGGCCUGGAGGACAGCUUCAAGGGUCACGGCUACCACUACCCCGGGUCGUACCCAGAGGGGCUCAAGGUUCCGGCCGAGGGCUUCGUGCCGGUGCUGUCGCUGCCCAUCGAGCGCACGGCCAUGCACUGGUCGGCGCUGUCCAUGGUGCUGGCCGAGCGCUCCUCCGAGCUGGCGUGCGCGGAGCGCGUGGUGCACGCCUACGACGAGAAGGCGCAGAGCACCUACUACCUGGCACGUCCCGAGCCGCGCUUCACCAUCGCCGUCGUCUACGAGAGCCGCCGGAGCGAGAAGGACUCCGGCGUACACGCGUUCCUGCUUGAGACCGCCGCCGCGCUCAAGCAGAGCAAGCCUUUCGCCAGCCUCAAGCCGGGCUCCAAGGCGUAGGUAGUCCAGGCGUGGAGGAGAGGUAGCUCCCACGCUCACCACCUCCCACCCCGACGCUGACCUUUUAACGGAGCUCCACUUCUUCUUUCGUAUGGCCAAUGUCGAUGCAGAGCAACGCCUACAAUUUCACAUUCAGGUGGUCAAGCCAGACAGCCGCGUCAGGACUGACCGACCACCUCGCCAGCCUCAAGCUGCAGUAGAAGGUGUAGGCCGGCUUUGACUGAACCCUCUUUGACAAGAGCUAGACUCAUCUAAGUGGCCGAGCCAGAUUCAAAGUGAUGAUCUGGCCGUGGAUUUGGGGAAAGGUGGCCCUUGCACUGGAAAAGGUGGGCCUGCCCCGACCUAAGUUGUUUGACCGAGACCAACGUUGAUAGCCAAGCAGGGUGAAGACUGGGUGGUCGGUGCCUUCAAGGGAAGCUCCCUUGGAAGACUGUGUUCAUGUAAGGGUUCAUAUCAUCAUUAUCCUUCUUCUCAGCCAUGGUUUAACCUCUACUGGAUGAAGACCUCCCCACGUCAGUGCCAUGCGAGUUGUUUGAGUAACCGGACUUGCACGGGUGCCCUUAUACAGUAAGUCACAGCUUGGUAGUGCCCACUUGAAGAAGCUUGCACAAAUAGAAACUUGCCGAAAACAAUGUGAAUGUGCCAGAGGGAUGAAGCGUGCAAUGAAAAGUGCCAUACAACUGUAAAUUGAUGUGGUUUAUGGUCUCCAUGCGGUGAUCUGCAAAGUUAUUGUUGGGUGUACGUUGAACUUCUCUCGCACCAUAGCCAACCGUGUUAAUCGAAGGUGCGCGGAAGGACAAGAUAAGACAACCAAAGUAAGAGCCAAUGUCAGUCUUGAGCUCGGACCAAUCUGGCAACUCCAUGCCUUGUGCCAUUCUAAUCAGACCAGCUGAUUUGAUUACUUCCGAGGAAAGCAGAGCAUGCUGUCCAGCCUUAAGGGGAAUCACAUGGCGAACCAACUAUAGCAAAGUGUGCGUGCAUGCAAGGUGCUUGUGUGUUUCGUCGGAUGCAAUUUGAUUUAGCAGCCCCAAAUAUUGUUGGCUAUUAAAGCAAACCCAGGAUUUGUAAAGACCGUCAGACGUUCAAACGUAUGUGAGAAAGAUAUAAAAGCUACAUGCAAAAAGUGGUGCUUAAUAAAAUAUCGGUGGCGUUUCUUGCA